AUGUUUGAAAGUGGGUAUUUAGUCCCUCUCGUAGCCGAAAGACUUGUCCCAGUUUCUGGAAAUCAUUCCCUCAUUGGACAUGUCUUAUCCGGAUGUCUGCAUAACAAUUUCGAUAGCUCUGCAUGGAUGUCAUUUGAAGCUCCCAGAAUCCUCAAUCUAUUCAUUGUAUUAUGCAUUUUACUCCUGGCGAUUUCCGCUAUUAUAAUUGGCCCCUUUAUACAAACUCUUAUCUCAUUUUCAAAAUGUGAUCGGCGAAAAACAGGGACAUUGAGGCCGAAACGCUGUCGCAUUACAGCCUUUCUACUCAGCUUCAUUUCUUGCUGGCUUCUACUGAUUGUAGCUCUAAUUUUCCUUGCCAUAUUUUUCUCAGAACAUCUCAAUUUCAGCUCCACUCAGGGUGAUGGCUUUGUUGAACGAGUAGAUGAAAUAUCCCAUAGAACUUUCACCCUUCUUCGAUCUCUAGUGAAUGAAAGCAAAUUAAUUACUAAUGACACUAUAUAUGGCACCAUGAAUGAUCUUUACGCUGAUUUACUCUUAGAAAUACCUACUAUUACGACUAAUUUUCUAACUCAAACAAACUUGAAAAAUUCUUUGUCGAUCCUAAGCGAUCUCGCCAGCACAGUGGAAGCUCUGCUUGAUGCACAUACUUUCCUAAGAGAAAACGGGCCCAAAGUUGCCCUUGAGCUUGAAAAACUGGAUUCAAGCAUUCGAGGGAAUGUCGAGAUGCUGAUUCGUGAGAUUCAAGAGACAAGGAGAGAGUGCAGAGAAUUCGAUGAUCAAUUUCCAUCUCUUAAGGCCUUCAGUGAUUCUAUAAACGAACUGGUUGAGGGUCUUCACAAGGAAGAGCUCCAUGGAGACACAUUCUUCAAACUCUUUCACCUUGAAAGUAGUCUGGGUCUUUUCAACAUGCUCAACGUUUUUCCCUUCAACGUUUCUGAAGUGACAAAUCAAUUAAAAAGCGUAGUAAAAGUUCAAGAUGAUUUAGAUGCUUCUAUUCAGGAGAACAUGGAAUAUCGCUUUACUCAGAUGAUGAAAAAUGUCGCCGGUAUGGUCGAUACCCUCGCAGAGUAUAUUAACAAAGGCCAAGGACUGAUCAAUCAAACAGAACGCACUUAUAAUCGGAAAAUUAGGGAAGUGAACGGGACUUUGGAUUCAUUGAAACACGCAUGGAUUUUUGCUUACUUUGUUGAAAUGAUGGUGGCGACUGCUCCGCUUGUGUUGCUGUUCUCCUCCUGCAUGUGUCACCGACACAAGGUCACAGUCCCCAUCAAGGAAAUUUUUCCUCUACUGACAAUCGAUGAAGUUGUUUCUGCUUCAUCUUCCGGCUGUGGGUCAUCGGAGGAUGAGACGUCAACUUUAACUGCUCCUGGAAAACAAGUUCCUGCUGCAAUCCAUCCCAUUGACAGAAACUUCAUCGGCACUCGAGAAUUAUUUUCAGAACCAGGACCAGAGAGUUCAAUCUCCUUUGAUUCAGACAGUGGCUGCCCAAGAGAUGACUGUCGGGCAAGUCUGGGUGGUGGUGAAAUUUUGUGGUCCCAAAUGGGCACGUUUGAAACGCUGGGUGGAGGGGUCAAGGUUAAGGAAACCAGAGCAGGUGACCCAAAGCAUCGUCGGUGCAAGGGCUGUGCGCAUCUUGUCUCUUGCUGUGGAUUAUUAACACUCUCUCUCAUCUGUCUGCCCCUUAUCUUUGCCAUUGGAUACGUUCAUGUCAACGUAAGUUCUGAUUUUAUCUCUACUUUCACUGGUUAG